AUGGUGCAGAAGCAGGCGCCGGGUGCGUCCAAGCUGCGUCUGUCGCUCAAGGGCGAGGGAGCGGCGGACGGAAAGAAUGAGAAGCGUACUAGGAUCAUCGAAGAGCCUACGGAUGAGUUUGAAGACGAAGUAAGCGACGAGGAGGAGGCAAGCGGCUCCGACGACGAACGCGACACGGACGAGGAAAUCGAGACACAGGGCAGUGGGCCGAGCAAGAAGACAUCGAAACGCAAGCGUAGGGCCGUAUCUCCGACCGCCUUUGGUGAGACGCUCGAGGGGCUCCUGGGGCAGACCAAGGAAGAGGCCCCGGCGCCGAGCUCGAUUCUGUCGCUGGCGCCGAGCGUGCGCCGCACGGCCAACACGACCACGCUGCGCGCCAAGGCAGCGCGCAUGGCACUCGAAAAGCGCCGCGAGCGCGAGGAAAAGGCGCACGUCCGCGACGUGAUCGGCGAGUGGGGGCCGCCGGGCGUCCUCCCGGGCCACAACCUGGCUCUCGACACGCCCCAGAACGUGGAGUGGAUGGAGCAGGGUGGCGCCAAGGGGUACGAGCGCCGCCUGCGCAAGGUUGCGCAGCGCGGUGUCGUCAAGCUCUUCAACGCGAUCCGCGCGGCGCAGGAGACGUCGGUCGACGACGUGGACAAGGCGCGCGCACUCAAGCGCAAGAGCAGCAAGACCAAUGCGCUGGGCAACACCGAAGCCGCGGUCAACGAGCUGAGCAAAAGCAACUUUUUGGAUCUGCUACGCAGUGCGCCCAAGGGCACGUCUACGUAG